UUUCCAGGUUUAAUGGCUUGGGAACGUACCAGAGUGUGUAUAUGUAUUAUCUACAGUACAUGUUUGUAACCAUUCCAUUCAUAUUUGCAUGCUUCACCAACUCUCGCUCAAAACCGAAACGAGCUUUAAAAAUCAAAAGGAAAAAGAAAAUCUUUCUUGAAAUGAAAAUCGAAACGAAAUGCUUAUGAAAUUUCGUCAUUUCAUCAUCCUUUUCCAUUUUUAUCGAUUGGACUGACCAACACAGAUGCUCAAAAGUGUUUGAGAGAGUGAAGAUCGAGAAACUAGUAGAAAUCAUGAAGGAUGAUGAUGAGCUUGAAAGGCUUUUGGGUGAGAUUCCACAUGCCACAUCUUCAUUGAAUACUCAAAUCACACAUGCCAAAUCUCAUCAUCAUAAUCUUGAUCAUCAUGGAUAUGGUAAUGUAUCGUCUGUGUCCCGAAAAAUUAAUGGUCAUGAUCACUAUAUGUCUGAUGAUGAAUUGUCAAAGCAUAAGUAUGCAUUUAUCUCUUCUCCAGUGAGUGGGUUUUCUUUACAAUCCGAUGGUUCUUCAUCAAGCUUGUUCUCUGGUGGGCAUUCAUUUUCUGAUAGUGGAUCACCCACCCCACCCCAAUUUGAAGAGCUGAAGUCUCGCUCGGGAUUUUGGCCGGAUUUUAAGAGGUCUAGUGACAAAAAUAUGGUUGAUGAACUGGAUUUUGUGAGAAAUUUCAGUAAAAUGUGUAUCAUUGAUGAUAAAAGGGAUGUUUCAGCAUCCCCAAAUGGUAAUCAAAUUUGCGAUCAAUCUAUGAGUGGGGUUGUUCGAAUGAGUUCUGAUAAGAAUGGGGAAUCUGUUAAUUAUGGGAAGGGUUUUCCGGAUUGGGGAAGAUUUAAUUCUUAUGUUCUAAGAAGUCCUGUGAAUUUUGAGGGGCAGGUGGGAAUUCAACACGACUACAGAAUGGAUAAUUCAUUGGGAUCUCGGUAUUCCCCUGUUCGAUCUGAUAGAUUGUUUGCUCAAUCAGAUUGCGAGAAUUCUGCUUUGAGUUCUCAAUUCUAUAGAGCUAAUUUGCAGACUGGCAAUCAUUUCCUUGUGGGAGUUUCGGCUUUAAUUUCUUCCUCUUUGAAUAGGCCUGAUACUUCAAUUAAUGCUUCGCGAAAUGGAAUGAAUCUAAUUGAUGGCAGAGAUGCUUUUUCUUCAUCAAACGUGCUUCAGUCGACUCACUUAAUGUCCCAAUUUAGUGCACCAAAUUUACUUCAUUUCCAGCAACCAACGCCUAAUGGAAGGAGCAAAGUACCUGCACAUGUUAGAGUGCCUGAAAGGAUUGUCAAAGGCUUAACGAGAGAGAAUGGUUUAAUUGUCCAAGGGGAAGACCUAAAUGGUGCGAUGAAAAGAAGAUAUGAAUGUUCUAGGGGACAAAGUACCCUGGAUUUCGUACCCCAAGAAACCAGGUUACAACUAGAUGUACAUCCCAAUGUUGCUAAAACCCAAGAAAGUGGCCGGUGUGCAAGGACACAUUCCCCUUUCACGAUCUCAUCAAAGUGUAGCUCCCUAGCCGAAGCUCAAGGAUAUAUAUAUCACAUGGCCAAGGAUCAGCAUGGUUGCCGAUUUUUGCAAAGGAUCUUUAAUGAAGGAACAUCUCGAGAUGUUCAGAUAAUAUUCACUGAGGUAAUUCAUCAUGUGGUUGAACUUAUGAUGAAUCCCUUCGGAAAUUACCUUAUGCAGAAACUGUUGGAAGUGUGCAAUGAAGAACAAAGAAAGGAGAUUCUGCUUAGAGUAACUGAGGAACCAGGGGAGCUUGUUAGGAUCUCUUUAAAUACACAUGGCACUCGAGUGGUCCAGAAGUUGAUUGAGACUCUCAAAACAAGGAAACAGAUUUCGCUAGCUAUUGCUGCCCUUGAACCAGGUUUUCUUGCCCUCAUCAAAGACCUAAAUGGUAACCAUGUUGUCCAGCGAUGCUUGGAAUGUUUUACCAAUGAAGAUAGUAAGGUAGUCCCUUUUCUCCUCUCGACUUUCACCUCUCACCUCUGCCCCUUCAAACUUUAUGAUAAUGGUGGUGCUUAG